UUAUAUUUCAAUAAACCUAUUUUUAAUAAUACAAAAAAAAUUAUUAUUAUGAAUAAAGAGAAAUCGGGCUCAAGUAUCAAAAGGUCGUCCAGCUAUAGGAUAGCACUGAGAAAGUCGACACAUUUUACUAAUGAGAACCGGGAGGACAGGGAUCCUGAACAACAACCCCAACCCCAACAAGUGUCGGACAAUGACUUAUCAUCCAAUGAUGAUAGCAAUGAUGAUAAUAAUAAUACAAAUCAUAACAACAAUAAUAAUAAUAYCAUUAACUACCCGAAGCUACAGGUGCUCGACCAGCACCAGCACCGGCAGCAGCCUAUGRCCAAUGAGGAGGAGGAGGAGGACAAUGAUGUUAUUACAGCACAGCACCAGAUAAAUGGCCAUACAUUAGCUGAUGACCAAACUAUACCAUUAGUAUCCGACACUACUACCACUGCCUACCCUAAGCUACCAGUGCUCGAAACUAUGAUACUUGUCAAGGGUGCUGAUGGAUGUAAUAUCGAUGAUGCAGGCAAUGAGGAACUACCUAAAAAACCACAURAUGAUGCCAAUAGUGAUGAUGAUGAUGAUGAUGAGGACAGGGAUAUUAAAUAKAGGCARAGCACYGGUAGUAAUGGCUGUACRAAAUGGUUGUGCCAAAAGUGUUGCUGCAAUUAUUGUCAAUGUUGUCCCCAAUGUUGCCUACAAUUGAUGAUCAGUUUUGAGCAUCUGUUGAAUAGUCUGACUAAUUGGUCGAUGAAUUGUUUGCGUGUUUUUACAAAAUAA